AUGGAACCACUGCUUUGGGGUAAUGCUCAUCUUGGCAGUGCAGUUGAAUCGUUGUUUAUAUCAUGCAAUGGCCUUGAACAUAUUCCAUCUGAAAUCAAAUUAUUUCGGUCAUCACUCCGGAUUCUUGAUGCAUCGUUUAAUGCUCUCCAAGACCUACCGAAUGGUUUUGGAAAAACGUUCGAGUUGCUCUCCAUACUAGAUUUGCGUGGCAACAAACUGGCCGAGUUCCCAUCCGAGAUUUGGCAAUUGAUCAAUCUACGGCAACUGCAUAUUUGUACCAACUUGAUCACCUUUAUUCCUUCAGAAUCGCAUUGUGAAUUUGAUGAGUUUUCAGUGCUAGAUAUAUCUGGAAACCGACUUGAUUCGCUUCCGUCAGAAUUAUUUGGCUAUUGGACUAGUCUGAAAUCUCUCAAUAUUUCACAUAACCAGAUCUCUAUUAUCCCUAUUACAAUGUCAUUUCUGACCAGUCUUACUCGAUUGAAUUUGUCAAAUAAUUGUAUCAAAACUAUUCCUCCCGCCAUCGGGGUUCUACAAUCCCUCAUUGAAUUGGAUGUUUCUCAAAAUUGCAUUGAACACAUUUCAUCCAAUGCAUUUGAAUUCCUUCAAAACUUACGUAUACUGGUGUUGCAUACAAAUAAUUUGACCAGUAUCCCAAAUGUGGACGAUUUAAUCUCACUUGAAACGUUGGAUCUUCGAUUCAAUUUUUUAAACACUCUUCCACGUGGACUAUACAAGCUUGCGAGCCUUGAAAAUCUGUAUUUGUAUGAAUCAGACGAAAGCGAUGAAGAUGACGAGGUUUUGCACAAACUAGGCCUGCGGUGCGAGAUUCGUAAUACUUUAGAUUGGCAUAGCAUAUUCCCUCAAAACUCCAACGUCAACGACUUUUACAAUACAAAAUCGUGUAAUCAAAUUGUAGAUAAAGCACAUGUGGGAUCAUAUCAUAGACGUCGAUUCAAUCCCAUCGAGUAUCCACCAGAAAAAGAGUGUCGGCUAGGAAUUGACGCCAUCAUAGCAUAUCUACGUAAAUCGGUCAUUUCCGAUCCAUCUUAUGCUGGCGCUGCACAUUCCACCAUUCGCUCAACCCUAUCUUCAGAUAAAUUCAAAUCAAAUAAAUUUUUAAAUGAUACAUAUAUAGCGAUUUGA